CGUCGACGAGACAUCUUGGCCUGCUUGCUUGUUCAUCUUGAAGCAUCUCAUGAAACGAAUCAUCGAUAUCGAAAGGCAAGAAGAUCCCUCGAUCAUGACAAGUAAAGCCUCGCCACACAUGGAAACUUUCACGGGCGAUGAUUACGACUUUCGUUUCCAUCACUACUUCGAUCUGGUGUGCGGUACAAGUGUCGGANNGGACUCAUUGCAACUAUGCUAG